AUGCAAGCUCCCAUUUCUCCGUCGUCUACGGUGUCCUCUAUCAUGAAUUACCCUUCCGCCGGUAAAUUUAUGAGGGUCGAGGAUAUUUUCUACGGAGAACGCAAGUCCACGCUUAGGAAGCCGUCAAAUCAACUGGACUGCUGGGAUUGCUUUCGGGAUCGCGGCACACGUCCACCUCGACGUCUUCAUCUUGAUCGUAAUUCCCGUUUUUCUCCGCUUCAUCCUCCUCGUCUUCUUCAUCAUCAUCAAUCACUCCCCUUGACGACAGCCUCAUUCUACUUGCAACAUCGUCAUUGUCAACAUCAUCAACCUCAUUAUCUUCUUCAUCGUCCUGAUUUAAUGGAUCCUUCUUUAUGUCAUCGAUGUCCUCCUCCAUUGCACUGCUCUUUGAGGCCGGGGAUGCUAUUGGCGAACCCGCCGGAGCACUUGUCUCCAGCAUCUGCUGCUUAGAAUGUUCGAACCUAACAACAAAGGGGUCACCAGUUUGCACGUGGAGCAGCAAUCCACGUCGUUUUUCCCUUGGCACCACCGCUCGCAGAUUCACUUCUUCAGGGUCUAGACAUGUAAUCGGACCCUCUGCAUGUGGGGACAGCGUUCGCGGCUCCUGAUGCAUCCUCCACAU